UAUAUUUUAAAGAGAAAUAUGCAGAGUGCCUAUAUGUAUCUCCAGAGAAAGCUGCAGUACAUCUACAAAAUGUUAGAGGACCAAUGCAAACAAGUGCCGAACGAUGCACGACAGCCCAGAUACUGCAGAUAUAUUACAAAAUUUGCCUCUCAUUUCGGGAAAGAGUGGUGUAUGGUGGCGGGGAGCACGGCAGAAGGAACCAGACUGCGGUCGAACAUAAACGAAGGAGACUUUGAUUAUCUUAUCAUAUCAGGUAUAUCCAUACUCGUAGACGCUUUGGAACACAGAGAGGGUCUACCUUGUUUUGUUCACGUCAGAGGUGACAAAAUUCAACACUCAUUUUCACACAGUUUGGUAGACGGGAAAUACCUGAACAGCCGUAUUCUAAAGGAAGUUGACGGUGAAGCUUUUAAAAUAAUGCGGGGUCUGUUUCAGGUCUUUACAAUGCCAUUUGAUUCUACGGGUAAACAUUCUCAUGAUGUUGACUUCAACCGUGAAGCUAAACCUGGUAUAUGUAAAGAACACUACGUCGGCUUCCAGUGGGUUGAUGAAGAUGCCGAGAAUAUAUACAUGAGAAAACAGGAAACAGACAUGAGGGCUACAAACAAUUAUUUCCAAUCAGUAAUGGACUCAAGUGAUUUAUCUCCCUGUAUGAAAUCUCUUCUUACUAACCUUCUUAGUAUUCUUGCUGAAACAGAACCAAACGACGAUUCAAGUACUGCGAUGGGUCAAACAUUUGGUGGGUUGAUCGAAGCAGUCAUCUCUGAUUCUGCGAUCGCCAAAUCAACUUCUUUUCAGCCGAAAAGAAGCAAACAGAGUAUAGGGGAAAACGACAGAAAUAACAUUGACGAUGCAUCCAGCAAAAAGGUUUUCAGGGUUAAAUUUAACUACAAAUCAAGCAAAGAUUUUAUUGCUGCAUUUCCUCUUGAGGGAAAGCUCAAAUGUUUUGAAGAAUGGAGAGUUCGGAUACUGACCAGUGACAAAGUAUUGUGGCCAAGCUCAGAAACAGUCGAACGGAUCUGUCAGUCGGAUGUGUAAGUUGUAGCCAAGCCGGCAAUUGUCAACCCUUCUGCCGAUAUAGAUUUUUGCCUAGGCUUCAAUCAGGCGGAACUUAUCUUAGCUUCUAGCCUUAGUUCUGAUCAAAGACUAUGUGUCCUACUUCUAAAAGCCCUCCAAAAAGGGAUACCUUGAACAUUAUUCUUCACUGCUUACCACUUUUCACUGGAAAACUGCCUUUUACCAUCAGUGUGGACAAAUCGAUCCUGCUCUCUUUGAUCGUCAUUCUACAAUAUUGUUAGCCCUCGAAAGCUUAAGUAUAUUGUCAUACAUGAUAGAGUGUUUAGACAGAAGAUAUCUCAAGCACUAUUUCAUAAAGAGCAAUUUAAUUGCUCAUAUUACUGAGACAGAAGCCAUGGAAAUCCGAGAGAAGAUCAAAGAAAUCAUUUCAGAUCCAGAAGCAGCUCUCCAAGUGUAUUUCGAUAUGAAUAAAGAAUGCGAAAGCUCAAAACAAGAAGAGGAGAUUUCUAUGAGAGAAAUGGAAGAAAUGAAGAAACGAAGAAAUGAUCCGUCAAAUAAAAAACCAGCCGACAAAAUAAUUAGCAUGAUGAAUUAUUUACAGAAAGUAGCCACCAGCAACGAUUCUAAACUCACACAAACUAUUAUGGAUACGUUGUAUAUGGUAAUUGAGGAGGAAACAGAUAUUCCAUUUGUUAGACCAAAUACCACACAGAAGCAGUGUAGCCUGAACGAUCUCUUGGCACAUGCUACUAGUUAUUCCACAACAAACUUUCCCUCACGAAACGAGAAGAAAAAGGCAUUGGAAGACUUAAAGGCGAAGGCGUUUGCUACAUUUCUAUCUUCUUUCGAU